AUGGCUUCCAGCGAAAGCAAACCCGUAGGGGCCACCGAUGCCGCCGACCAGCAGGACUACCUCCAGUUCGAGUCGCUGCCCCCCGGCGGCAAGCUGAACCGUUGGUCGCAGAAGAUCACGAGAGGGCAUGAUUUCCCCGGCGCUCAGGCCAUGCUGUACGGCGCGGGCGUGCCGGACCGCGACACGAUGAAGAAUGCGCCCCAUGUCGGCAUUGCGACGGUCUGGUGGGAGGGCAAUCCCUGCAAGGGCGUUGUUUCGAACAGUACGCAUCUCCUCGACUUUGGAAAGAUCGUCAAGAGGGGCGUCGAGAAGCAGGGGUUCCUCGGAUGGCAGUUCAACACGAUUGGCGUGUCAGACGCCAUCACCAUGGGUGGUGAGGGCAUGCGAUUUUCCCUGCAGACGCGAGAAAUCAUCUGCGACAGCAUAGAGUCCGUCACGUGCGCCCAGCAUCACGAUGCCAACAUCUCCAUCCCUGGGUGCGACAAGAACAUGCCCGGUGUCGUCAUGGCGGCGGCGCGUCACAACCGGCCGUUCAUCAUGAUCUACGGCGGCACCAUCAUGAAGGGACACUCGGAGCUGCUCGAGAGUUCCAUCAAUAUCAGCACCUGCUACGAGGCGUCCGGUGCCUACACGUAUGGGCGUCUCAACGCAAAGUGCAACCCGGGAGAGCCCGGCCGUACGUCGUCCGAUGUCAUGGAGGACAUUGAGCGUCACGCGUGCCCCGGCGCCGGCGCCUGCGGCGGCAUGUACACGGCCAACACCAUGGCGACAGCCAUCGAGGCCAUGGGCCUCUCGCUUCCCGGGUCGUCAUCGUACCCGGCGACGUCACCGGAAAAGGCACGCGAGUGCGAGCGUGCGGCUGAGGCCAUCAAGAUUGUCAUGGAGAAGGAUCUCCGCCCGCGCAAGCUCAUGACGCGCGCCGCCUUUGAGAACGCGCUCGUGCUGACCAUGAUCCUCGGCGGCUCGACGAACGGCGUGCUUCACUUCCUGGCCAUGGCCAACACGGCCGACGUGCCCCUGACGCUGGACGACGUCGACCGCACGAGCAACCGCGUGCCGUUCCUCGCGGACCUCGCACCGUCGGGCAAGCACUACAUGGAGGAUCUCUACAAGGUCGGCGGCACGCCUGCCGUGCUCAAGAUGCUCGUCGCCGCCCAGUACAUUGACGGCAGCAUCAUGACUGUCACGGGCCGCACGCUGGCCGAGAACGUGGCCGACUGGCCGUCGCUCGACCCCAACCAGCAGAUCAUCCGCCCGCUCUCGAACCCUAUCAAGGCAACAGGCCACAUCCGCGUGCUGCGCGGGAACCUGGCGCCCGGCGGCGCCGUGGCCAAGAUCACGGGCAAGGAGGGCCUCUCGUUCACGGGGGCGGCGCGCGUCUUCAACAAGGAGCACGAGCUCGACACGGCGCUCUCCUCGGGUUCCAUCAAGCGCGAGGACGGCAACCUCGUUGUCAUUGUGCGGUACGAGGGCCCCCGCGGCGGCCCAGGCAUGCCGGAGCAGCUGCGCGCCAGUGCCGCCAUCAUGGGCGCCGGAUUGACCAACGUGGCCCUCGUCACCGACGGUCGAUACAGCGGUGCGUCGCACGGAUUCAUUGUCGGCCACGUCGUGCCUGAGGCGGCCGUCGGCGGACCGAUUGCGCUCGUGCGCGACGGGGACCGGGUGACGAUUGAUGCCGAGACGAACAGGAUCGACAUGAUUGAUGUCGACGAGGAGGAGAUGGAGAGGAGGAGGAAGGACUGGAAGCCGCCCAAGCCGCACGUCAGGAGGGGCGCGCUGGCCAAGUACGCGCGUCUCGUGGGUGAUGCGAGCCACGGCGCCGUCACGGAUCAGGCGGAUCCCAGCUGGUAG